UGCCCGGGACGUGUUGGACCGAGUUUCCUCGUGCCACCGACACGACACCAACACCCGACUUCAAACGCAAGCCCCUUCCACGGCGAGGUCAACGAGGCCAUACGAAACUUACCACUACACCUCGACAAGGUUACGCUGGCGUCUUUACACGAAACGAGCGAUUUCGGCAGCCUUCUCCCGCACCUCUCUCAUCUCUACACAACAACAGCACACGAUGGAUACCCGCCGGCCGCGAUCGAGCCAGAAGGUCUCUAUGACCUGGCAGGAGGACGAAGCCACAGUGACACACCGCCGUAGGAUGCAGUUUGCCGACGAAUGCGUUGAGACGAAGACGGUCACAACCACAACCACAACAAAGCGGUCCUACCCGCCUCUCUUUCUUCGCGAACCACGGGACGUGCAUUUGCUCGACUCGAAAGAAUACCCCCUUGCCGCGAGGCCGACUCCGCCCGAGUUGCGAAAGUUGACCUUUGAUCUCGACGACUACGAGACCGAGGCUUGGGAAGACGAGGACACAGAUGCUCAGGCCGAACGGUGCCAGAGCAUUGAAGACACAGGCGACAUCAAGCGCGAGCCUGGUGUGGAGAGUCCGGUAUCGACGUCGUCGCAUCGCCCCCCCAAUGAACAGCCGGAACCACAUCAGCGGAGAUCCCGCAGGUCAAACACCAGGGCUGUCUCGCCGAGCUACACGCCGAUGCCAUCGAGAAGCUCCCGCUUGGCCACGAAACUUACCGGCGUCCCAUACUCCGCCUCUGAUAAACUGCGCCAUGCCGUAGCACGCGGCAGGAGCAGGGAUGCCGGUAGGGCACCCCGCCGGUCGUCUGGUUACCUGGCGACCCCAAAUACUUCGGACAUCGCUGGCAGUCGCUUGGAGCGAGCCUCGCGGUUGAGGCCGCUGCUGGCCGACAUGGCGGACUCGGCAACAAGCCAGUCGACGUCGGUUUAUGAUGCGGAGAGCACGGCGGACAGCGAGUCACAAACCUUUAGUAACGUCGCGACGCCUCCCAUCACAGAAACCGAGCUCCAGCAGCUCCAGCCUUUCGACGAUGCGGACGACUCGCUAGCGCACGUUGCUCACGAUUCGGCCCCGAGACGAAACAUCAAUACGGUGGCCGCCCAGGACGUGAGCUUACCUAGCCCCAGGCUCUCCCCCACCCUAGCAGCCACCCAGUUACAGCCUAGUCAGGUUGACGACGAAGAUGGGGAAGGCGAGGACGCCUCAUUUUCGACGCAGCUUACGCGCUCGGACCAACAACCAUGGAUGGAUGAAAGCCAGAUGACGGACCAAACCGAAGUCCCAGGGACAAUGGACUUAUCUCUCGGGAACUAUGGAAACUCGCGUAUGAGAUUGAAAUCAGACCCACGACACUAUGUGGACCCGGGAUCAAUGCUGGAUAGCUUUGACGCCAUGCCGAACGAGCUGAAGACAUGGAUGAUGUAUCAGUUUCUGCGAAGGUGUCCCCGCAAGACUCUCCAUGUGGUCGCCGACGUGGUCAACCCGGCCCUCAAAUGCGACUUUAUCAAGCAACUACCCAUCGAGCUCAACCUCCACGUCCUCUCCUACUUGGACCAUCGCGACCUCUGCCGCGCAGCACAGGUGUCGAAGCACUGGCGACACAUUGUCGACAGCAACGAGACUGGCUGGAAGGAGCUGUUUGACCGUGACGGGUUUCACUUGCCGCCAGGGGAGCUCCAGAGGGCCAUCAACGAAGGCUGGGGCUGGCAAGAUCCAGUCGGGUUUGAGGGAUGUGAAGUCGAUUUGAGCAAUCAAAGCCGUCUCACGUCAAGCGAGACGGAGCUCGUCCGGUCGGCAGUCAAGGCGGAGCAGCCCGAGUUUCUGCCGAGGACCCGGAGCGCGAAGCGGAAGCGUGGCUUGACACAGAUCAGCGCCGAGAGAGCCAAGCGGCGGGCGAGCGCCCAGGAGUUGAGAGCGGACAGAAACUUGCCCGUGUCUAAGACGCACAAGUCCAAGGGACCCAUAUCAGCGGCCAACGCGGCGGCAAUUGCCGUCCCGGACCCGCAGGUCGGUCUCCCGAGCUUGCGGAGCCUCCACCUGUUCAAGUCCCUUUACCGGAGACACUACAUGUUCCGGCAGAGUUGGAUGGGUGGGAAGGUCAAGCCGGGUCACGUUGCCUUCGCAGCUCACCCCCGCCACGUCAUUACCUGUCUUCAGUUCGACGACGACAAGAUCAUCACGGGCAGCGACGAUACCUUGAUACACGUUUACGAUACCAAGACGGGCAAGUUGCGCACGAAACUCGAGGGCCACGAGGGCGGCGUUUGGGCGCUCCAAUACGAGGGGAAUACGCUGGUGUCGGGCAGCACAGAUCGCUCUGUGCGGGUCUGGGACAUCCAAAAAGGCAUCUGCACCCAAACGUUUUACGGACACACGAGUACCGUGCGAUGCCUGCAGAUUCUCAUGCCCUCGGACACGGGCAAGGUGCUCGACGGCAAGCCCGUCAUGAUGCCGCCCAAGCCCCUCAUUAUCACGGGCUCGCGCGAUAGCCAGCUCCGGGUCUGGAGGUUGCCCGAGGCCGGCUCGCGCCGGUACAUCCAAACGGGCCCGCCGGCCAACGACGACCAGUGUCCGUACUUCAUUCGGAUUCUUGCUGGGCAUGCCCACUCCGUCCGCGCCAUCUCGGCGCAUGGCGACACGCUCGUUUCCGGCAGCUACGACAGCACCGUCCGCGUGUGGCGCAUCAGCACUGGCGAGCAGCUCCACGUCCUGCACGGCCAUGUACAAAAGGUAUAUUCGGUCGUGCUUGACCACAAGCGGAACCAGUGUAUCUCGGGCUCCAUGGAUUCACUCGUCAAGAUCUGGGAUCUGAACACGGGAACCUGUCUGUAUACCCUUGAGGGGCACAGCAUGUUGGUCGGCCUCUUGGACUUGCGGGAUGACCAGCUGGUGUCUGCCGCCGCGGACAGCACGCUGAGGAUUUGGGAUCCGGAAACGGGCAAAUGCAAGAAGGUGCUUGAAGCCCAUACUGGCGCCAUCACUUGUUUCCAGCAUGACGGGCGGAAGGUCAUUUCGGGUAGCGAGAAGACGGUCAAGAUGUGGGAUGUGGACACGGGCGACUGUGUCCAAGACCUUCUGACGGACUUGGGCGGCGUGUGGCAGGUCAAGUUUGAUGACCGGAGAUGUGUGGCGGCGGUGCAGCGCGGGAAUCUGACAUAUGUUGAGAUCCUCGACUUUGGCGCCGUCCGCGACGGCAAGCCGCCCGAGGAACUGGGCAAACGGAAGCUACUGAAUGAGGCCGAGGUCCAGCGGUUGAUCGCCGAGGAAUCUUGAGGUGCUGGAACGACAAUUCUUUUCUUCGACUGCAUUCGGGGCCAACAUUUAUUUCUUGGGGGUACAUGGGCUAUGAUGAGCGGACGACCCGGGGAACGAAAACGAUACGAAAUUAAACAGCAGCCAUUUGGCGGUGCGCACUCAGCAUCUGCAUCUUCCUCUUCCAUCAUCGUCAGCUCUGUGAGCGGAGGGGGGCUGAUACAGAAACAAACGCAAGGAAGGCAAGGCAA